AUGGAACAGAAAAAUGGAAGUUCUUGCACUGGGUUUAUCCUACUAGGUUUCUCUGACAGGACUCAACUGGAGCUAGUCCUCUUUGUGGUGCUUUUGAUCUUCUACAUCUUCACUUUGCUGGGAAACACAACCAUCAUUGCACUGUCCCGUGUGGACCCACAUCUUCACACCCGUAUGUACUUUUUCCUCUCCAACCUAAGCUUUGUGGACCUGUGCUACACUACCAGCAUUGUUCCCCAGCUCCUGGUUAAUCUCAGUGGAGCUGACAAAUCUAUCUCCUUUGGUGGUUGUGUAGGUCAGCUGUACAUCUCUCUGGGGUUGGGAUGUACAGAAUGUAUUCUCUUAGGAGUUAUGGCAUUUGACUGCAAUGUAGCAGUUUGUAGGCCCCUUCACUACACAGUAAUCAUGCACCCCCGUCUGUGUGCCCUGAUGGCUUCUGCUUCAUGGAUCACUGGUUUUGUUAACUCCGUAUUGCAGACCAUGCUCAUCUUCCUUUUACCACUUUGUGGGAGAAAUAAAUUAGACCACUUCCUUUGUGAGAUCCCGCCUUUUCUCAAACUUGCCUGUGUUGACACCACUAUGAAUGAGUAUGAGCUCUUCUUUGCCAGUGUCAUUAUUCUUCUCAUACCUGUUGCGUUAAUCCCGUUCUUCUAUGGUCGGAUUGUCAGGGCAGUCUUAAGAAUAAAGUCUUCUGCAGGGCGGAGAAAAGCGUUUGAGACGUGUGGAUCCCACCUCACCAUGGUUUCUCUGUACUUUGGCACAGCCAUCUAUGUGUAUCUUCAGCCCAGUAGCAAUGACUCCAAGGAUCAGGGCAAGUUCAUAUCUCUCUUCUACACAAUCAUUAUCCCCAUGAUCAACUCCUUCAUAUAUACGCUGCGGAAUAAGGAUGUGAAGGGAGCAAUGAAGAAGGUGUUUUGGAAGGACUCUGACUCCAGAUCAUGGGGCAAGGAAGACAGUUUAAUGGAAGGACUUUGA